AUGGUGUCUCAAGAACUCUCCUCGCUACUUACCUGGGGCUCCGAGAAUGGCAUUACAUACCCUAGCGAAGUACAAUUCCUCAAAACACCAGAUAGAGGUAUUUCUGCCAUAGCUACAACUAAUUUAGCGCAAGCUGUAUUCCAGGUUCCAAAAGACGCUAUAAUCCACGGGAAGCUGGCCGAAGCAUACUUUGGUUGCGAAGUCAACUCCAACACGUUGUUGAAAUUACUACUCGCGAAAUUGAAGUUCGAUUCAAGUCCGACCGUUGUAGAUUCAGAAGACUUGAAAUCGAAAUUCGGGCCAUACAUUAGCGCUCUUCCCAAAGACGUUUCUUCGCCAUUGAUAUGGAACCCAAAAGAACUUGAUCAUCUGGGUAACACGAAUGUGAGGACUUCAAUUACAGCAAAACUGAAAUCGAUGUUCUUAGAAUGGGAAAACGCAGUGCUCCAGCUCGACGACUUGAAGUCAAAAGUGCAAGAAGAGAUUACUCAUGUCCGCGACGUUUUGGCACAGGGUGAAGAGCAAAUAUAUACGCAAAUCACUUCGAAGCCUUUUGAUAUCGAACGGCAGUUCUCGUGGUGGUCGUUCCCAGCCUUUUUGUGGUCGAGUUUGAUAUUCUUAUCGCGCGCCUUCCCAGAAAUAGUGGUUGAUGCUAAUGUUGAUCCGUCAAGAAUUGUACUGUUGCCCAUAAUUGACCUGCUUAAUCAUAACACCAAUUCCAGAGUGGAGUGGAGAAAAAGCGAGGGCUCUUUUUGCGUUGAGAUACUUGAGGCUGUUGAAAAGGACUGUGAAAUCUUCAAUAAUUACGGCGGCAAGGGUAAUGAGGAGCUUUUAUGUGGUUACGGAUUUGUUUUGGAAAACAACGUGUGCGAUACUGUUGCCUUGAAGAUUAAACUGCCGCCCACCGCGUUGCUCCAAGUUGCGGAUGAGAAGUCAAUCAGACUGCCGACCAUCGCGGACUACACCAGGUCGGCCUUUGAUCCUCUGACCGCGAAGCCAGACUCGUCGCAGGACGAACCAAUUACUUCAAAGUACAAAGAUGGCAUACUUUAUCUGCUGAGUGCUACUAGCAAUACGUGUCUGACUUGGUUGCUGGACUUGUUUGCGUUUUUGGAGAAAACUGACGGGGAAUGUCUUAUGAGCCUCAGACCUCGAAUGCAGGGCCUUCAAAGUCUCAGGGCAGCUCUCGAGGCCAAAUAUCGUACCUACAAAGCCGGAACUACAUAUUCAAACGAUGAAGACUACACCGUGAGUGAGUAUAGGGCACAUCUUGCUCGGGUCUACAAAUCUGGUCAAAUCAAAGUUGUGAAAAACUCCAUUAGUGAGCUCAAACGCAUAGAAAAAGAUUGGACGCUGAAACACAAGGACAACACGCUGAGUGUCAACAAGCUGAUGCGAAUGGAUUCGGGCUUCAUGGAAACAGAACUCCCCGAAUUUUUGCAAUUGGAUCAAGACUCGGAUAUCGCUUUGGACUCUUAUGACACCCUCAUGUGUUUGUGGAUUCUUUGCAAAUUAGAAAAUCAAAGUGCACCCGAGCCGUUGCAAUGGGCUGUGACGCAGUAUACCGAUUUUCUCAAAGCCCGUCAGGGCCAGUCUGUUCAAAUUUCUGAGAAUAUUCAAACACUGCAUCAAACAUUAUUUCCAAAAGACACACGGAAAACAAAGCUCAGAGAGCUCAAAACCGCAGUGGCAUUCAUCACAGCCAACUGCUACACUAGAUACUCGAAAGAUGAGCCAAUCCUGGUCAAAAUGGCCGAUUUGUAA